GGUUUCCACCACCGAGUGCCGAGUUUCCGCGACAUUUUUCGUCAGUUUACGGAAAAAGCUGCUCAGCCGCUCAGCUGAUCGGAGGAGAACAUCAUGGCGUCGGGAACAGGAGAGUCGUCCUCUGGACACGACGCAGACUUGGACGAGUUGUUGGACAGUGCGUUGGAUGACUUCGACAAGACACCGGCCCCCGCAGCCCCUGAACCUGCAGCGGAUUCCUCCUCCUCCUCUAACAGUGGUGCAGAGAAGCCUCCCCUCCUUGAGGACUGCAAGCUCUUUGACACUCUCUUUGAGGGAGAAAUGGCUUCUCAAGCCAAGGAUGAGUGGGAGAAGGCCAUGACCGAGCUCGCCCAGGAGGAGCCGGAGCUACUGCAGCACUUCCAAAAGCUGUCAGAGGCGGCAGGCAAAGUUGGCAGUGACACGGCCUCCCAACAAGAAUUCACCUGUUGUCUUAAACAAACACUCUGCGGCCUGGCAAAGAACGCAGACAACCUACAGUCAACAGGACUGGCUGGAGAGGAUCUCGUCAAGGCUCUAGAAGGCCUGGGAUUGGAUGAGGGUGGCGAAAAAGGCGGCGAAGACGGAAACAUCCUGCCAAUCAUGCAGUCAAUCAUGCAGAAUCUUCUCUCGAAGGAAGUGCUUUAUCCGUCUCUCAAGGAGAUUACCACCAAGUACCCGGAGUGGUUGGAGGCCAACAAGCCGAGCCUCAGUGCGGAGGACUACCAGCGCUACGAACAGCAGGCGAAAGUCAUGGGCGAGAUCUGUAAACGCUUCGAGAAGGAGGAAGAGGCGCCGGAGGAUAAAGAGAGCACGUUCGAGGGCAUUAUGGACCUAAUGCAACAGCUGCAAGACCUGGGCCAACCACCCAAAGAGCUAGCAGGUGAUGCGCCGCCUGGAUUCAACUUUGACAUGGAGUCGCUCGUUCUCCCCGGAGGAACCGGGGCCGGGGUGGCGGAGCAGUGCUCCAUCAUGUGAUGAGGUGGCGGUGGCGUAGUCCAUCAGAAGCACUGGUGCCAAACGGUUCCUCUGUGUGUGAGUGUGUGUGUGUGUGUCAGCGAUGAAGAAGGUCCGACGGGAGUGUGACCAGACUGUCGACAUUGUUCUCCCCCCAUGUAGGUGUGUGUGGAUGGCAGGAACAUCACCAUGGGAACCAACAGGAACACACUUUCUUCUCUGCACACAAAACUUAGAACAUUUUAACAUACCAGCUUUAGUUUUUCCAGUGGUUGCUCCAGCUCCCUCACAGUUGAUUUUAAUAGCAUUCCUUAAAAAAAGCUGCCGUUUACCUAUAUUGUUUUUACAUGCAGUUUAGCCUCAUGGUAAAAUCUAUCAAACCACUUCACGGGUAUAAACUGUGCCUUUGCAGAAUGACUUUAAGUUAUUGUUUUAGGUCUCACAGUAAAAAUGAAUCUCUGCCAUCAUUCAGCUGAGCGUUUCAGAUUAGGAGUUUUAAAGUUGUAUGAAUUUGCAAGAUCAUCCAAGUUAGCGGCCAUUCUUAGGUAUUUCCUUUUAACUUGGUAACACACUGUUUGUUUCUCUACAGGCUGCACAGGAUAUGACUAAACGAGUUAACGAUUUAUUAAUGUGCAAAGAAACGGGGGAAAAAAUGAGUGUACAUUUGUUAAUUAUUCAAAGAAAUUAAAAAGACUGAAGAGGAUUGGACGCCGCGUGAGAUGUCACCCAGCACUUUCUGCCAACUAAUAUAAAACGACACCCAUUCUCUGAGUCUUAGUCCCCAUUUUCAGAUUAAUCUGUUUGAAAUGAUUGAGAUGUUGAUGCCCGGAUGCCUUUGCUGUGGUUGCAGUGAUCAUUAUAGUGUAGAGUUACUGUGUACAAAGUGCUUCCCGUGUAAUUUCCCAGUGUUUUUAAUGUUCCAAGUGGUGUUUUUUUCUUCGGUAUGGUGUCUCUGCUGGGAAAGAGAAACAUAUGAAUGGUUUCAGGAGUGUUUACCACCAUUAUGUAUGUCCUCUGUACCCUCCGUUAAAAGUACAUACAGUUCCUUCCAGAAAAAAAGCAGAGUAAUAAACAUCAUGAAACAUGACUGUAAUUCAUGCAGAUGCACGGAUUUAGGACAUCCACAGCCUGUUGUUAGCACAUUUUGGCUGCAGUUGGUGGGUUUGUUUACUCCGGUGGCCAGUCCCCCCCCCCCCCCCCCCCCCCCCCCCCCGCUGCUAUUGCCAGUGGACAAAAGUUCACCGCUGUCAUUACACAGAGAGAAAGAGAGGUCCAGAAAUCACACGACCAUCAGCUCAUCAAUAACUAUAAUAAAAGGGGGUACCACUGUGAAUGGAUUCUGCCAGCCAUGCACUGAAAAGAGAUCAGAUUUACAUCGAACACAGUCGAGGGGAGGCUGCUGUGAAGGUCCAUAAAGCCCUGUGGUGUGCAUCAUGAAGGGGGGGUGGGGGUGCAGCUAUUCAACUCUCAGGGCAGAUGCAAACAUCCCCAGAGCAACGUUUAAAAAAAAAUGCAGCCUGUAAUUUGACUUUUGUUUCGUUUUUGUAAAUAUAUAUAAUAAAUGAUAUAUUGCAAAUCAAAA